UCCUUCGACAAACUCCGUCAGCGGCUGCAGCCUGAGAGACAGCCCCGCCCCCCCUCCGGGAGGGAAUCCCGGCCGCUGAUUGGUCAGUUCAGGUUUUCUGACGUCACGGGGGAUCCUCGGUAAAAAGUGAGCCUCGGAGGAGUUAGAGCUCCAUUCACAGCCUCAGUGGAUCUGUACACACGGAGGACUCCUGUACAGCUACAGCAUGUCUCUGCAUGAAAACCCAAUGGACAGGCUGAACAGAAGACCAGACAACAAACCAACCCACAGACUGUAUCCAUCACUGCCAAACACAGACAGGUAUGAGUUUUGUUUGCCUCUUCGCUCCACUGGAGACAAUCUCCAAUCAGAGCUUCACCCUGAGAGUCUGCCAGGAGACACGCAGCCAGAGGGUUCGAAUCCCAGCAGUGAUGUCAGGAUGAAAGCACAGAUUCUUCUCUUGGAGGAGCAGAGACAAGAACUGCUUUCUAUUAAUGAGAGAUGGGCUAAAGAAUACAGGACAAUGGUGCAGUAUUACAAAGAAAAGGUUCAAAGUUUAACAGCCCUGCAGCAGCACGAACACCUUGAACAUUACGAAGAAGGAGAAAAACACGUCACAUUAUAUAAAAAAAUCCAAUUCAAGCCAGUGAAAGACAGACAGAACACACAGACAGGAGAAGUCGAGUUACUCCGAGCAGAAAAGGAAGCUAAAGAGCUGCGAGUGCAGAACAACACAUUGACCCGCAGAGGGCAGCAUCAGCACGAAGAGAUCAGACGGCUGAACAAGGCCUUACAGGAGGCUCUGCAGAGCUCUCAGCCUCUCGACUGCAGCAGUGAAACGCUGCAAGACAUCUGGAAACAUCAGGCUGAAGUCUAUAAGGAAGACUUUCUGAAGGAGCGUAAGGACAGAGAGAGGCUGAAGGACAAGUAUCUGGAACUGGAGAAGAAGUUUAGAAAAGUCCACAACGAGCUGCACGUCCUCAAGUCUCAGGUGACUCGGACUCAACAGCCUCAGCCUCUUCUCCAGUGCGCCUGCACAAACCGAGUCAAAUGUGCAAACUGGGAGGGUCGACCAGUAAAACAGCACCACAUCCAGCUACAGAGGCGAUACACUCUGGAUAACAAAUAGGGAAACUCCUUAGCUUUUUGUGUGGUAAUGUUUCAGUGCACUUUAUAGAAGUAUUUCCUGGAGUUUAUCAUGAGCAGGGCGACAGUUUACCAGUUUACCAAGCAGGAGAAACUCAAACAAGUGAGGUCAGUUCUGCAGUUGGUUGAGCUUCAGGUAGUUUUUUCCACCAAUCCGAGUCCAUUAGGGGACUUAUGUGGAGGAAGGAAACAGGAAAGUAGAGCUGGACGCUUCCCAAGAGGAGGAAAGCAGCAAAGCGAGCAAACAUUUCUAUGUAGACCUCCUUUUGUGACACAGAUCUUUAGGGAAAUACCAUUUAUUGCACCGCCCAAACACUAUUGACACGGAUAAUAUCGAUCAAAGGUGCAAAAAGAAUGUAAUCUGCUACAAAAGGAAGCCCACGACGAAGAACAACAGAGCUCAGUAUCACAUGUGAGGUGAAUGUUCAAAGAAGGGCCGCCAUAUUUCUGGCUUAUUACACACUAUAUUACCUCAGUGGUAGGCAGCCACUCACUGGACACCAAGACAUAGAAACAUGUUGCUCAGGAACUCUGAAAGUAUCGUUUCUGUAUCAGUUUAUUUGCACCAGAGACAGAAAUCAAGUAUGAAGGAACCUCCAUUAUGCACAGUGUAUUUAUAUAGAUGUUUGAAUGUAUUGUUGACACAUAUAUUUUCUGUUUCUUGUUAAUUUAUCAUUAAAAUAAACAUAAUGAAUGAGUUUUCUUUUGA